AUGGAAACCAAUCAGCUUUUCCUGGAGGUUCAUUCCAUCGCUGAUUUGUGCCUCGCCCCGAUAGAGACCGUAGUAACGUUGUUUACGAUAAAAUACUGUGAUUCUCACGUAUCGAUUAACUUGGUUGUAACGAAAAAAAAAUGCAAUGAGGAACGGUCUAACGUUAUUGAUCUGUCAGGGUUUACUUACACAGUUUUGGAGGUAGACAAAUUGCCACGAUAUGCGAGUACAUGCGACCUUCCGAACCUCAUAGUUAACGAGACGACGUGCGUGGCUGGUCUCUGCGCGACCCUACGUCAAAUAGUAAAGAGUAAGUGUUUCGAAACGCCGUUGCACUACAGCAAAGCCUUACUAGGAUUUAAGGAUGCAUGUUUGCUGGCUUGCUCGGAGUCGAGUAUCUGGACGAAAUUUUGCGAGGUGGAUCUAAUCUCGACUCUGAAAUCUAUCCAUGGUCCAACUUCCAGCAAAGAUACAAAUGACAUUCCUGAAAGCAUCGCAAGAUUUGAAUGUCACAUGUCACAGCCAGUGAGAUUGCACAAUUUAUACAAGUAUACAAUGUCGAAAAAAUUUGCUGUGAAAGGUACUACGACUGGUAACAGGGACAAAAUACCAGAGCACAUUUACGCCGAGGGAUCUCAAAUCACAUUGGCGGAUAUCAUAAUAUUUGUUUGCAUCCAUACAUUUUUUACACUCCACGCAUUGAAAUGUGAAUUGUUAGAACUCAUACCACUGACGGCAAAGUGGUACGCGAGGAUGCUUUCAAGUGAAAUGAUAUCUGAAAGUUUGAGUUGUUUGAGAUACUUGGAAUCUCCAAGCUUUGAGACCCGGGUUACCAGCUACGUUCUUCCCAAUGUUGAAAACCAUAGCCUGUAUAAGAGCGAUCCAAAACGCUACAAGCCUCGUAAUCGCAUUUACACAAAGCAAGUAGACAUAGAUGAUUCAUUCGCAUUAAUCAGUGAGCUGGGUGUCAGCAUCGACCUUGCAUCGGAACCAUUUGGAUCGGAGAUGACAUUGAACUGGAAUGAAAUCCCGUUUGAAGCAACGCCAGAGGGAGGUGCUUUGCCCGAAACGAGGCUGAAGCGAAAGUUUGAGCAGUUAGAAAACCUGUGCAGGCCUGUAAUGGCAUUGGCAAAAAUAGGGGAUAUAGUCGUCGACUUCUGCUCUGGCGGAGGACAUCUCGGGAUAUUGAUAGCUUACUUGUUGCCCGGUUGCGAAGUAGUUUUGCUAGAAAAUAAAGAGGAGAGUUUAAACAGAGCCAAGAAAAGAGUGCAGAAACUUCAGUUAACAAAUAUCAGAUUUUAUCAAUGCAAUCUGGAUUAUUACAAGGGGCAUUUUGACAUUGGAGUAUCUCUCCAUGCCUGCGGGGUGGCGACGGACCUGGUAAUCGAACACUGCGUAAGCAGGAAUGCGAUCUUUGUCUGCUGUCCCUGCUGUUACGGCAGCGUACACGAUUGCCAUCACAUAAAGUACCCAAGGAGCAAUUUAUUCAAGAGUAAAAUUGAUCCAAGGAGUUACCUGGUCUUGGGACAUUCGGCAGACCAAACUCACGAUAAAAAUAAUGCUAAAACAAAUCAAGGAUACAAGUGCAUGUCAAUUAUUGAUACGGAUCGAAAAUUACACGCUGAGCAGUACAACUAUGUUGUACAUCUUGCUAAACUCGUUCCGGAAAAUUGCACACCAAAAAAUCAUCUAUUAGUUGGAAUCCCUGAAAUAAAAUCAUAGUACCUACUGACUUUUGUAUCAUAUUUUCAUAUUUAUAUAAGUAUUGAAAUAAAAUUGUAUAUUUUUCCUUUCAUACAAUACAAUGAAUUUUUUAUUGCUCGCCCUAGCGAGAUGAGCUUGUGUUUUAGCUGAAUUGUAUACUGCGUGAUUCUAUUGUACAAAUAACAUGUAGACCGAUAUAUUUAUUAAAACUGAAAUCUCGAUAUUAAACAUGAUGAAUACACAAGUAUUGUUAAAUUA